AUGGAAGCCUUUUUUGUCGCCAUCCCCUCUCAACGAAACCUCACAUCCAGGUUUACCUCACACUCAGUCUUACUCAAGGGCCAUACAUUUACUCUCAGCAUCGCUCCUCGUCGAAAUACCAACUACUAUGUCGGUACCAUGACUUGUACAUCAGAACAUCCAAACGUCACUCUCUUUGUAAAUGUCGUGUUGCGAGAGUCAUUGAAAGGUGAUGAUAUUGUACAUGUCCAUCGAUGCCAUACUUUUGAUCACUCUUCUGAUGCUGCUGCUUUGGAAAUUGGCAAGUUUGCCAAGUCUGAGGAUACGAGUUCUGCUCGAUACAUGGGAGUCUUCUGCUGGAAGGAAGCCAUGGAAGGACAAUCCAAACCAUGUGCCUAUCUCGUCGAGAACGAUGAAGGUGUCUUCUCCGUCGUCUCUACUGGCACAUCAUCCAACAAGUCCAUUACCAGCAGCUCUACAGACCCAUCAGUAUCAAUCUCUACCUUCUUCAACCAUCCCGUAAACGCAGACCUCAUAUUUACCACUGUCCCACCUAUACACAUACAUAGGAUUGCACUCAUGGCGGCCAACGCCAAAAUAGUCAAAGAUUUGGCAUCACCCCCAGCACCAACUAAAAUCAACAUUCCAUCUCACUUGACUCAAACUGGGUUGCUGAAUGUAUUGAAGUCUAUAUAUACAGGUGCUCCAUUCAACGCUAUCUUGGAAUCUGCUGGUUUGGUUGAUGUCAUGGACGCAUGGUUUGCAUGUGAAUAUCUCUUCUUACCUGAAGCCAACUUGGAAGAAGUCGAAAGGAUCUUUGGAAGCAAGCUGAGUCCAAAGAAUGUUGCCGAAGGCAUUACAAGAUGUCAUAUGAUGGCAAAGAGUGAAAGUUUGAUGUCUAUUAUGAUCGAGUAUAUGGCCAAGAAUUGGAGUGAAGUUCGCGUCAGCGAAGGAUUUGCUCUCUUGCUCAACGAGCCCAAGACGUAUGGUGAUGUCCUGACCAAAGUAUUAGUAAUGUACACUGUCUAUGGGUUUGGCUUUAACGAGUUCAACCAAAUCGCACCAGACACCACCACCCCAAUCACAAUCCCACAUAUAAUCCUCAGCUCUCCCUCCAAACCUCUAAUCGCAUCCUCAUGGAGCACAACAGUCAUAAUCUCCUCAAACACAAUAACUAUCCCCGGUUUCCUCGCCAACCAAACAGGAAAAUGGAGCACUCCAUUACCACCUUCAUGCGGCACACCAUCGCAACUCCUCGUACACGGCACCUCCAUCAUCAUCUGUAACGAAAUCAACGAAAUCUGGAUUCUCGCAUCGCCCACAUUCGGACGCAAACGCAAACACCACGAUGAUGAUACAUUGUGUGACGAGUCCCUCAUAUUCAAGAACGUGUAUAAAUUGCAUGAUGGAUGCACAUGCAUAUCGUCAAACCGCAUUUCGAUUGUCGCUGUGACGAAAACCAAAGAGCUCUUGAUGUGGGAUUCCGAUAUGACGUGUCGUGUUAUUGAGAUAGGACAGCCUGUGAGGAGUGUAUCAUGUGGCAAGACGCAUUAUAUUGUAUUGUGUGUUAGUGGGGACGUGUAUGCGUUUGGAGGCGGGUUGCAGGGGCAGUGUGGUGUUGGUGGUGCUAGUAAGGAUAUUGGCGUUAGAGUUGUAGCUGCGCUGCAGGGGGUUAGGAUUGAAGGUGUGUGUGCUGGUGGGUGGCAUACGGUGGUUUGCAGUGGUGGGGAUGUGUAUGCUUGUGGCAUGGACGAUAAAGGACAGCUCGGUCUCGCUGAAAACGAGGAACCCGUGACGGAUCAAACGGUCCCGCAGCUACUUGACCGUGAUUUUGGAGCUAGUGUGAAAGUUGCGUGUGGAUCUAAGCAUACUGUAUUAGUCACUGAAGAUGGUGAUGUGUAUAGUGUUGGUUGGAACAAGUAUGGACAGUGUGGUAGUGCAGAUGGUGAAAGGGUCGAGAAAUUUCACCGUGUGGUGUUUGAACGUGAUGUAAAGGCUGUAGAUGUAGUUUGUGGAGAUUGGAAUACUUUUGUUACGUGUAAAAUUGUAGAUUCGAGUAGUAAUAUAUCGGGGUAG